AUGGCAGCUUCUUCGUUGCUCCUUCGCUCUCUCAGACAUCGAAACCUUCAUUCUGCUUCUCUCUUUGCCUACAAAUCUGUGAUUGCAGGCAAUGCAAAGACAUCACCUUUGGUUAGCAAACGGGCACCUUUGGCAAGGCCUUUUGGUUCAAGGCCUGCCGGCAAUGAUGUUAUUGGUAUUGACUUGGGCACCACCAAUUCAUGCGUUGCAGUAAUGGAGGGAAAGAAUGCUAGAGUAAUUGAGAAUGCUGAAGGAGCUCGAACUACACCAUCAGUGGUUGCCUUCGGAAAGGCUAACGAAAUAAUCACGGGAACUCCAGCCAAACGUCAAGCCGCCACCAAUCCAACAAACACAUUUUUUGGGACAAAAAGACUCAUAGGCAGAAAAUUUAGUGACCCGCAGACACGGAAAGAAAUCAACAUGGUGCCAUAUAAGAUCGUUGAAGCUUCCAAUGGUGAUGCUUGGCUUGAAGCCAAUGGACAAACGUAUUCUCCAAGUCAGAUCGGUGCUUUUGUUCUCACCAAGAUGAAAGAACAUGCAGAGGAAUACCUUGGGAAAACUGUAUCCAAAGCUGUGAUCACUGUUCCUGCUUAUUUUAAUGAUGCACAGAGACAAGCAACUAAAGAUGCCGGGAGGAUUGCUGGUCUUGACGUUCAGAGAAUUAUUAACGAACCAACUGCUGCAGCACUGUCAUAUGGGAUGAACAACAAGGAAGGAGUAAUAGCAGUAUUUGAUCUUGGAGGUGGAACUUUUGAUGUCUCCAUUCUAGAAAUUUCAAAUGGUGUAUUUGAGGUCAAAUCAACAAAUGGCGACACCUUCUUAGGAGGGGAAGAUUUUGACAACACUCUUUUGGACUUCUUGGUCAGUGAAUUCAAGUCGGGUGAGGGAAUAGAUCUUUCAAAGGACAAGCUUGCUCUUCAGAGACUGCGAGAGGCGGCUGAAAAGGCCAAGAUAGAACUCUCAUCUACAUCACAGACUGAUAUCAACCUGCCAUUCAUAACUGCUGAUGCUUCGGGAGCAAAACAUUUCAACAUGACUUUAACCAGAGCAAAGUUUGAGGCUCUGGUGAAUGACUUGAUUGAGAGGACAAGAAAUCCAUGUAACAACUGUCUGAAAGAUGCUAAGCUAAGCAUCAAAGAUGUAGAUGAAGUUUUGCUUGUUGGAGGCAUGACCCGUGUUCCCAAGGUGCAGCAGGUGGUUUCUGAAAUUUUUGGGAAGAUCCCUAGUAAAGGGGUUAAUCCUGAUGAGGCGGUCGCAAUGGGAGCUGCAAUUCAAGGUGGCAUCCUUCGUGGCGAUGUUAAGGAGCUGCUUCUGUUAGAUGUAACCCCUCUGUCACUCGGUAUUGAAACACUUGGUGGAAUUUUCACCAAGUUGAUCAACAGAAACACAACCAUUCCAACAAAGAAAUCUCAGGUUUUCUCUACAGCAUCUGACAACCAGACUCAAGUAGGGAUUAAAGUACUUCAAGGUGAGCGUCAAAUGGCAGCUGACAACAAGCUUCUUGGUGAAUUUGAGCUUGUCGGCAUCCCACCUGCACCUAGAGGUAUGCCACAAAUAGAAGUUGCAUUCGACAUUGAUGCCAAUGGAAUCGUCACUGUUUCUGCCAAGGAUAAGGCUACGGGAAAAGAGCAGCAAGUUACAAUUAAAUCAUCUUCAGGGCUCUCAGAUGAUGAGAUUGAAAAGAUGGUAAGAGAAGCAGAGAUCCAUUCUAAGAGAGAUGAGGAGAAAAAAUCUCUGAUUGACUUGAGAAAUAGUGCUGACACAACCAUAUACAGCAUUGAGAAGAGCUUGAAUGAGUACAGGGACAAAGUUCCACCUGAGAUUGCAACAGGGAUAGAGACAGCUGUGGCCGAUUUGAGGAAAUCAUUGGUUGGUGAGAACAUUGAUGAAAUCCAAGCAAAGAUUAAUGCUGCCCAAACGGCUGUUUCAAAGAUUGGAGAGCACAUGUCCAAAGGGUCUGCUAGUUCUUCCUCUGAAGGUUCUCAGGGUGGUGAUCCAACCACAGAAGCAGAAUAUAAGGAAGUUCGAAAGUAG